AUGCUGACCUGCGUCGGGGCGGGUACAGGGGAGCCGGAGGCAGCGCACACUAUUCGCUCCUCACCAGCGCUGCGCCGCUCGCACUCAAGGACGGUCGUCCUCCACGUGCCGCUGGCUGCAUCCCGACCCCGCUUGCGCUCGCUGCGUCAGCACCUCACCGGCUUUGCACACAGGCUGUGCCACGCGGCCUUCACCCCUGUGUACCGUGCAAUCCCCGCCCGACUGGCCCCCGGCGCUGCGCGCCCUCCACCGCUCGGCCCGCGCGCUGCUCUUCCCGGCCUACUGGGCCCUGGACCAGCCGCUGGGUGGCUGAGGAGGGCGGCGGGCGGCGGCGCGGUGCUGCUGCUGCUGCUGCUGCUGGUGGUCGGCCUGCCCCCGGCGCUGCCCGGCCUGCCGCUCUGGCUGAAGCUGCAGGUUUGGCGCCGCCCCUUCUGCUACCGCCCCCUCCGCUGUGCUGGGCGCCGCCCGCCUGCCGAACCCGGGCGCUGCUUCGUCUUCCUCACGGCCAAUCUGUGCCUGCUCCCCGACGGGCUAGCGCGCUUCAGCAACCUACCGCACAGCCAGCGACCGGCCGAGGCCAUUGGCGCCGCGCUGCUGGCCGGAGCGCGGCCCGCGCUCUACAGGGCUACGGACUGCAGCCAGCCGUGGCCCAGGGCGCCGCGCGGGGCGCUGGUGGUCUCGCUGCCCGUGGGUCUGGACUUUGUGUGCCUGCAGGAGGUAUUCGAUCUGCGCGCGGCUCGUCGCUUGGUGAAUCGCCUGGUGCCCAACCUGGGCCCGUUGCUGUACGACGUGGGCACGCUCGGCCUAAAGCCCGGGCCGCACCUCAAGCUGCUGGACAGCGGGCUGCUGCUGGCCUCGCGCUACCCGCUGCUGCGCACCACCGUCGGUUGCUUCCCCCACGCACGUGGCGAGGACGCGCUGGCCUCCAAGGGACUAUUGUCCGCACAGAUAUUGGCCUACCCGGUGCAGCCCGCAGAGGGGGCGGGGGUUCGGCCAAGAAGGCGGAGGAAGCUGGGGCCGUCCGUGGUGUUGCAAGCGAGGCUGGGCAGCCUGGACCGGCGCCGCAUCGUGGGAUUCCUGCACUGCACGUAUUUGCAAGCACUGGCUGGUGAGCCCUGCGGAUGGGUCCUCGGAACAGGUCCCGCCUCUCCGUAGCGGCUGCUGAUCCCUACAUUCGCCUGCACCCCGUCCCCCACCUCCCACCCUUUGUUCACUGCCCCAGGCACCGGAAUUCCUGAGAAGUGCCUGUCGGGGCUCACAGAUAAGGAACUGGGGAGACGGGAGCUGACUGUCCAGGAUGCGGGUUCGAAUCUGGAGCCAAGCCCACCCCACCCCCCUCCCCCACGCAGAGGACGGGCCCUUGCGCAGCAAACAGCUGAGGCUGCUGCUGGACUGGGCCGAGUUUGGGGCCGAGAAGUUUGAGGCCGACAGAGAACAAAGUGGAGAGGUCGUGACUUUCAGCGUGCUCCUGGGCGACCUAAACUUCGAUAACUGCUCGAAAGGGACAGCGCUGAGCACCUCCGUGCUCCAUCACUCCGUGGCCUCCUCCCCCAAGAUGCCGAGGCGGGCCCUGGAGCAGGAGAAAGGGCGCCACCUCUACCUGGCCGGCCCUCCCGGCAGAAGCCGCUGAGCUAAGCCCUGGAGAGGUCGGCGCCUGGACUACAUCACGUACCGCGGAGUUCCCGGGUGGCUGGGCCUGCGGCACUGGGACGACCCUCAACCUGACUCCCACCCCCAGGAGGUGGAGCAGGUGACGUUCAGUACUGCCCUGGCGGGGCUCACGGACCACCCGGCAGUGGGCCUGCAGCUUCGAGUCUCAGUGUCCUCCUAAGGCAAGCACAGAUGACAGGCGCGCAGCUGGCGCGCACAGACACGACUCGGAGCACGAACUAGGCGCGGUAGCCGCGUGCCCAGAACGGGGCGACUUAAGGCAUCUUUAUUGAGGGAUCCUCACACGGCCUCCUGGGCCCGGCGAUACUCAUAGACGCUGCCGUGCUCGGGAAAGGCCAGUGCUUGCGGGGGCGACCCCGGCGGUAGGGCGGGGUCCUCCGGGUCCCCAUAGCCACCGCCGCCGGGCGUGUGGAGACAGAACACAUCCUGUUGGGGGGGGCGGGGGGGAGGCGGGCUCAGUGCAGGUGUGGCCCCUCCCUGUCACCUGCGCAGUCCCCUCCCCACCGGGCAGCGUCCAUCACCCGCCCCCAUGGACCACGGAGGUCCGGUACGCGCCCCCCUUCCUUCCGGGGCCAAAUUAAACUCGGCCUCUGGUC